AUGAACAGCACUACUCCUUACUGGAUCGGCCUGCUGUAUGAUGACUGGGAGUGGGCUGAUGGAGGGAGAUCUGCCUACAGAGACUGGGUGUACAAUCCUAAUGCAGGACAGAUACACACUGUUCUUUACCAGCCUGAAAAAGGUAUAAUCACUUUGGGAAAUGAAGAUUAUGAAGAAUAUACAUUCUGCUCUGAAGGUAAGUUGUCAAAGAGGAACAUGGUCAAACUGCUUCUUAUAUGUAUGAAAUGUUGCUACUCUAUAUUGAUAGUAGCCUGGUCAAGAGGACUGAACACUGCACUCCCUUUUCAUUUCACUUCACUUGUCAAUUCAAACACAAUGCAAGCUAUCAUGUGAUCAUGCUGGUUUCACCAGGCUAUAAUGAUAUUGAACUAUUACUGAAAUUAUGCCCCUAAAACCUGAGAGUUGAAAUGGGUGCUAAAACAAGUAAAUGUUAAAUACUGUAUCUUGAAUACCACAUUUAUGUCUUUCAGGAUCAGUUCGCAUCCACAUCAUCAGUGAAAUUAUGUCUUGGGAACAGGCUCUGGACUACUGCAAGAAGAACUACCAUGGACUGCUGUGUAUUGAGACAGCAGAAGACCUGGAAGCAAUCAAGCAGAAGUUCAAUGGGACUGAUUUUACUGGUCCUGUGUGGGUGGGUCUGAGACAGAGCUGUCUCUUUGGGUUCUGGAUCUGGACCAAUGGGCUACCAGUGGGGUGGAGUAACUGGGAGCGAGACAGACAGCCUGAACAGCCUCCGUCCAACCAUUGUGGUGUCAUGGCAGCGGAUGAGGAAUAG